AUGUCUGGCAAGAAAGUCGCUCAGGCAGCUGCCUCCGUCGCUGGUGUUGCCAUCGGCAUCGCCCUCUACAACCAGAUCCCUGUCGCUGCAGCUUUACCUGUAGAGGGAGCCUCUCCUUCUCUAUAUGAGACAUCUUCGGAUACCCCUGGUGCCUUCAUCUACCUGUCCAACGUAUCUCCCACCAUAUUCGGUGCACCUGCAACCGACUUUGACUACCACGUCUCGCCUGAGCCCGCCCUCGCAAUCGAAGCCAUCCAGGGCUACGCCUCUGCUGUUUCAUCAGGCGUAACCGACGACGUCCUGACCGCAUUCCUCAACGUCACCAUGGCGGGAACUAUGACAGCAGACCAAGCUGCCGACCUGAACUGGAAGUGCAACGAGUUGAGCGGCGACAUGGCCGCCAGCGUCGACGCCUGUGCCCAAUACAGCACAGUUCAAGAGCGUUCCGUUGAUAUCGAGAAGCGCUCCAGAUGGUCCUGGGUCCGCAGUGCUGCUCACGUGGCCAACAGAGGUGCCGUUCAGAUUCUCUACGGUGCACUUGGCAAUGCUGCUUACGCCAACUUCCCUUCUUCGCCCAGAUCCUGGUGUAAUAACGCUGAUGGCUCUAAUGCUUGUAUCUCCUGGUCGAGAGUCGAGUCAUGGAACCACAAUUAUGCACAGCAGAUGGUCUCUGAUGCAUUGGGUGCUGUUGACUUCGAUAACUGGAGCGCCCAGGCUAACCGCAUUCUUGGUAGCAAGAAGAGAGCUGCUGCCGAUGUCUGCAUCAGCAACCGUGCAGAUGGAUGUACUUGA